AUGAAAAGCUCCAAUGCGACCACCACAGUCUACUCUAAAGCAGCUUCCUUGCUGUGGCUGCAAGGCUCCAAGGAGCUGCCAGCUGCUGCUCGCGUAAGGGGGCUGAAUAGUGCAGCACGAGCUGGCCUCGGUAAUUUUCAGGAGAAGAAACCAGAAGCAGACCACGCAGAUCAGCCACGUUUUUUCCAAAAGGUUGGAGGAGGCGCCUACAUCUACCGCUUAGGUGAGAGGCGAUGGUGCUUAGGUCCAGAGCUUCAUGGCGAGGAAGUCAUUUGGGCAGAGACGUCAUUUUCUGGAGACCGUUUGCCAAAUAGCAAAGACCACAGCUGGCGAUCCAACUUCGGAAAACCGGAGAUUUCGAUCACCAGAUGUGGCUGCUUCAUUCACCAAGGCGUUGGAUUGCGAGCAGCCGACCUCGAUGACAAUUCCAACCCGUAUGUUGUUUGCAAAGUCUCGGGGAGGCAGAAAUUAGGCUUUCGAACCCAGACCAGGUUUAAAAGCCUUGACCCAGUGUGGCACGAAACGCAGGAUCUUGAAGGUUUGGAGCUAGGUGAGACCAUGCACUUCAAGGUCAUGAGUCAAGAAGAGCACAAAGACGAUGAGUUCUUGGGAGAUGCGAAGCUGGUAGUGAGUCCAGGAGGCUUCAAUGGAGGCCUUGUGCUCAUGCUGAGAGGUGGAGUGCAGUCUUUGAUGCAGCUCUUUUUCGAGGGCACUGCAUACUGCAAAGAGGAGUCCAUGGGGGCCCUGCUGAACGUCGCUUCUAUCGAGAAGGUUCGUGAGGAGUUGGUGGCGGGUGGUGUAGUUUCAUGGCUUUUGGCAAUGCUGCAGAGCACUUCACCUAAGAGCUUGUCAGCUGCCAUCCGCUUGCUGGGCUGCCUUGCGGCUGACCAGGAUGUGGCAGAAAUGGUCAUGGAUGCCGCCUUGCCACGUUUGCGCCAGCUAUUGCAAGAUUCAGACGAGAACGCAAAGUGGCGAAUGCUGAUGAACUUUGAAGCGACUAAGUGCCCCAGUGAUGUGGUCCCCGCCGUGGAUGGGGAAGGUCUGCUUCAGCAAGGCAAGUUCGACUGCAAAGCAGAAGCUGCAAAUGCCAUUGGUGAGCUGGCGAAUGCAACCGACCGACGCCUGUUCAAGAAGAUUGCCAUGCACCUCUUGGAGUCAGACAUUUUGGAGCCACUGUUAGCGCUUUGGCUGAGGAGUUCUGGAGGUUCUUGCUCCUCUCAUGCUUCACGAACUCUCUGUGUGCUGGCUUCUACUGAGAAGACAGGAACCGUAAUUUUGGCAAAAGGAGCCUUGAAACCACUCGUUUCCCUCCUGAAGGGACAUCCUCAAUUGGCACGAGUUCUGCGAGUGGCGAAGGUGUUGCAGGCGCUGGCGGAUUUCAACCGCGGCAGCAUGGAUUUGGCACUCUCACAAGAGAGCAGCCAGCAAUUGAUGUCUCCUAGCUGCAGCGGCACGACUCCAGCUUUCCAUCGUCCGACUUUGAACAUUAUAUAA